GGGGGGGAUUUUAAUUUAGCUUUUGCUCUGGCAUCUAUGCGGAACUCAUAAGCCGCACACAAAGUACUAGGUGGCUGGGGUGGUUGGAAAGAACCGCAGCAGCAGCAACAACAAAUAAAAAAGCAAGCACUCCUUUAGUCCCAGCAAUUUUUUUGUUUUUGUUUUCGAGAUUUUUAAUGUGGGGUUUUUAAAAGGAGAGGAAAAAAAAAUCUGUGGUAUAAAUAAGAUUUCCCCUGGUAGACGGAAGCAGCGGGAACGGACUGGAGAGCCCCAGCUCUUGCUAUGAGAGAGAUAGCGAAACUACGGCGGCGACUCAGUGAGCAAUGAGAUGAGGCUCAGGAAUGGGACUCUGGCCACAGUGUCAGUGUUUCUCACCUCCUUCCUCAGCGUGUCCUGGUACACAGCCUGGCAAAAUGGAAAAGAAAAGCUAAAUGCCUAUCAGCACGAGUUCCAUGCGUUGAGGGAGCGUCUUCGUGUGGCUGAGCACCGAACGUUACAGCGCUCCUCUGAGUUAAAUGCUGUGCUGGAGCAGUUCAAACGCAUCGUGGCUUCGUCGAACGGCAGCAAAGAGGCUCUGAACCAUUUCUCGGAUGACGCAAAAAAGAUACUGAAGGAAUUGACCAACAGAAAUGCUCUACAAGUGCCAAAUAUUUACCACCACAUGCCCCACUUGCUUAACAAUGAGGAGAGCCUCCAACCUGCUGUGCAAGUUGGCCUCGGUAGAACUGGUGUGUCCUUGGUAUUGGGAAUUCCAACCGUGAAGAGAAAAGUUAAGUCUUACCUUGCGGAGACUCUUCAUUCACUGAUAGAUAAGCUGUCUCCUGAGGAGAAGUUGGAUUGUGUAAUAGUGGUGUUUGUAGGCGAGACUGAUCUCAAUCACGUCCACAGUGUCCUGGACAAUCUAGAAAAGGAAUUUUCCUUCGAAAUCAGUUCGGGGUUAAUAGAAGUCAUAUCACCACACGCGACUUACUAUCCGGAAUUGGCAAACUUGAGGGAAACCUUUGGAGAUUCAAAAGAGCGUGUCAGAUGGCGAACAAAACAGAACUUGGAUUAUUGCUUCCUCAUGAUGUAUGCCCAGAAAAAGGGGAUUUACUAUGUUCAGCUUGAAGACGACAUAGUUGCCAAAGAUCAUUACUUCAGCACCAUGAAAAACUUUGCACUUCAACUUUCCUCAGAAGACUGGAUGAUUCUGGAGUUCUCGCAGUUGGGGUUUAUAGGUAAGAUGUUCCAGUCUCCUGAUUUGAACCUUAUUGUGGAGUUCAUCCUGAUGUUCCACAAGGAGAAGCCAAUCGACUGGCUUUUAGACCACAUCCUCUGGGUAAAGGUUUGCAACCCUGAGAAAGACGCGAAACACUGCGAGCGGCAAAAGUCUAACAUCAGGAUUCGCUUCAGACCGUCCCUUUUCCAGCAUGUUGGAUUGCAUUCGUCAUUGGCGGGCAAGAUCCAGAAGUUGACGGAUAAAGAUUUCAUGAAGCCUUUACUUCACAAAAUGCACGUCAAUCCGGCGGCAGAGGUUACGACCUCGCUGAAAGUUUACCAAGGACAUACGUUGGAUAAAGCGUACCUGGGAGAGGACUUCUUCUGGGGCAUCACACCUGUCGCUGGUGACUAUAUCCUCUUCAAAUUUGACAAACCAUUGAACAUAGAUAGAUACUUGUUUCACACUGGGAACACAGAGCAUCCAGCGGACCUGCUGGUGAAUACAAGUGUUGAGGUUUUGCCUUACAAGGAUUCAGGAUCCGAAUUACUUCAGGAGACCAAAGAAUCAAAACACAAGCGCACUGAUGACGGUUUUUACAGAAUAGGUAGAUUUGAAAAUGGAAUAGCUGACGGUACCAUUCACCUGAAAUUAAAUCCUAUCUCCGCCAUUAGACUGUCAAUUUUACAAGAUUCCGAAGUGUGGGUUCUGCUUGAUGAGAUCCAUCUUAUGAAAGCUACCAGUCAAUCUUAAAUGAAAGAAGUUUGAGAAUUAAUCUGUUUUAUACAAAAGAAAUGCCCCAAUCCAUCUUAAUACAGUAUCUCUCUUUAAUAAUGUGUUGAUACCGAUCACGGAGUUCAUGGACAUAUCACCUCAUCAUCUGAACGUUGUGGAUGUUCGUUGUUCCCAAACACUACCUCCUGUGAAAUCUACUGUAAUUUUCUAUGUAAAGAUUCUAAUUUUGAAGAGUUGCCAAGUUUUUGGUAAACUUAAGGUAAUGGACUGUUCUUCUCAAAAUGAGCUGCAAAGGUGUAUUUUUUGUGACCCAUUUUACAGUACAAGGUACCUAAAUAUUGAACAAAAGUAAGCAAGGAAGCGAGACAUAUAUAUAAAGAGCUUAAAUGAUACAAAUUGUAAACAUGCUUUGUGCAUCAGGGACAGAGAAUGUGCAGACACAGGAGAGUGUAUAAGGGGCUGGUUACCUUUAAUUUAUUGUAAAUAUGCACUGAACAGAUUUAUUGUGUUUUGAGAGAAUACAGAUUCUUAAUCGGAGAAAUAUGGUAUUUGAUUUCUAGACAAUUAAGUUAACUUCUGAAGGAAUUCUUCAUUUUUAUGAGAGAAAAAAAAACUGCCUUUUCAAAGCCUUGACGUUAUUAAGGUUGAAAUUUGCCAAAUUUUCUUGAGAGCAGUUGCAGAAUAUUAGUUGCAGCACAUCAAAGCCGGGGAGAAAUUAUAUGACUUAAUUUGUGGACCUUUCCAGACGUGUCAGUAGUGGGGUGGAGGGGCAUGCGUUUCUUUCUGGGGGUCUACUGUGCAAUAGCAAGUUACAAUUAACUCAAUCUGACCAUUGUGAGGGGGCCCAGUAUCAAAUUGCGGGCCCAGAAGUAGACGAGCAAAGUAUGAAGAAGAUGGGGGAAUGAUUAUCUAUCCCUCUCCAAUGGCUCUACCUGGUGCAUGACUUCAGUACCAUGUUACCAGAGCCGAAAUAUCUUGAGCAGGAGAAGAUAAUGGUUCUUCUGUAGACAUGUGAACAUUUAUUCAAUAAGUGCAAGUGGAAAUCUCAUUUACUACUUUGCAUUUUGUUUGUUGGAAAAUGGUUUUGAAUGUAACUUUUAGAAAAAAUAAUACUGCUUCCACAGUUCAGAACUGUAUGGCCCAUGUGGCAAAAAACAUUUCAACUUUGCUUUUCAAUAUUUUAAAGAAAGCUCUUAGUAUUAAUUACAUUUUUGCAGAUUAAUUUUCCCAGGUUAAAUGUUUUUUGCGAUUUUUCUGUCAGGACCAUUGGGUGGGAUACAUUGGAUACAAGUUUAAAUGCUGGUGUUUUUGCCCUGUCUAAUCUUCUGAUAUUAUGAGAUUUUGGCUGCCAAUUUUAUUCAGAAUAUUUAACUGCAACCAUCACAAGGGUUUUAUCCUUUCUAAUGAAACCCUUUCAACUUUGUGCUGAUUCAGCGUCAAUUGAUACUCUCAAUAUGUACGGAAUAACAUGGCCUUUAACUUGACAAUUCUUUCAUGGUCAACGUAAAUGAAACAGUUGAUGUAGUUUUUGAUACAUAAUUAUUAUACAUAAUGUUUUGAUAUGUAAUUAAUGAAAGAGGGGCUUCUUUGCUUCAGGGAAGGGUAUAAAUAUUUAUGAACACUGCUUAGACUAGCCAAAGUUGUCACCAUCAAUGAGUACAAAAUGAAAUAUGGUGGCAGGAUGAUGUUUGUGAUUCACAUUUUUUCAGUGAUGGAAUUUUUAAAAUUGGAAUUGGACAAUCUUGCUAUUAUAAAAUAUUGAAAAGUUUAUAAAGGGCUUUUAGUUCUUCCUUCCUAUCAACUGAUUCAAAGUAAUUUAUACAUGUUGGGAUGGAAGGGUGGAAAAGAAGUGAACAAUAGAUCACAUGACAGUAUUGAGGGGGAAAGAGUGGCUAUUGUGCAGAGCUGAGCUGGGUAGAAGUUUGUAAUUAAACCCAUGCCUUUCUCAAAAAGGGUGCAAUUUGGUAAUGUCAAUCAUUGCCAUUAUAGUUCACAGCUAUAACUAAGCAUUGACAUAAGUGUCGUAAGCUAAAAGCAGGAAUUCUUUCAAAGUCAGUCCAUCAGAGGCUCCAUGAUGUGAAAAGAACUGUUAAUAAUUCAACUGUAGAUUCUGUUAUUGAGAGUCUCAGACUACAUGAAUUUGGCUUAUCAAUGUGGAGAAUUGUAGGCCAUUGUAAUGUGACUGAAAUCAAAGUUAACAUUUUGUUUCAAUACUUUUGUAAUGGAAUUAGAUUCAGAUUGUCAAUUUUCAUUUUUAAUCUUUGUAUAUACAAUGUCAUUUUUGCCAGAUAAAGAUGGGUUUUAAUCUCAUUUAAAACCAAAAAUUAUAACAGAUGCCCAUGUAAGGAUAUCAAAAAUAGAGUUGCAGGUUUAUGGUCAGAGGUGGAAGUUUUAAAGGGGAACUUAGAGAAUUUUACACAAGAGUGGAUAAUAUCUAAAAAGUCUAAUGUACUGCCAGAGGGAAUGGUGGAAUCAGCUGCAAUAGUUACAUUGAAGUGACAUUUCCACAGACACUUAAAUAGGCAAGGCAUAGAAGGAUACAAUCCUAAUGCAGGUAAAUGAGAUUAGUGUAGAUGGGCAAAACGGUUAGUAUUGACACAGUGGGCCAAAGAGCCUAUUUCUGUGCUGUUCAACUCCUGAGAAGCAUCUGAUAUCAAAUGGUGUAAUUAAAUGUUAUUUGUUACCAUAAAAUGGACCUUUGUGAAUGCAAAUCAAGAAUAAAGUUUUUCCAAACAUGU